AGGGUCUGUAGAGUCGAGUAUUUGUCGAGUAAUGUCUGUAACUGCAGAAUAGGGUUAGUAUUUCUUGCGGUGAGAGUGUUCGCUGAGAAGAACGUAUUGCCAGCAGCCGGUAAUUUUGAUCACUAUAAUCACAGAUUUCCCCAGUAAUCUACACCUGCAGUGUAUUCAUGUGAAAUAUAAUAAAAAACGGCUGCAUGAGAAGACAUUCAAUGUGAUUGUAAAUACUGUACUUCAAAAAUCAAAGGCUCGGUUAUUAUAAACACCUACCUUUUCCAUAUAAUAGACCAGUCUGUAAAAGAGCGAAAUGUUUCUACGUGUUAUGGACAGUGAUAGACGUUUUUUUCAAUUAUUUUUAUUUUUGUUAACCCGAUGACCGUUGGUUGUUUGUUUUUUUCUGCAUUUUUUUGCUGUGAAAACACAAAGUAAAUGCCAAGAAAAUGUAAAUACAAUACUGCGUGGCAGGACAUAAAAUUGUAUGCCAGCUGGCUCUUUCCAGACUCAAGAAUAACCGUGCGCGCUGCAAAAAAUGCAUGAAACUAAAGAUUUUUGAUAUCGGAAAUAUGGAGAAUCAGCACUCAAGGUCACACGAGUCUGCCAAACAUCAAGCUGUAAUGAUCAGCGAUGGAAAAGUUCCAUAUUGGGAUAUUGUUCAACGACUUUUAAAGUAGCAGCAACUCACAUGGGCCUGUGGCUGAAAUGCAGGUCAUUUGAUUCGGGAAGAGAAGACACUGGGUGGUUACAAGAGCUGAACAUUUACAGUAACCAUGGAACACCCAAAUACAGAAAGGGAAAUAUAAAACAAACAGCAGCAACCGUUACAGAUGGCACGAGUAUAAACGUUUGGAUUCCUACUCUUGUGGUGAUUGAAGAUACCCGGAAGAAUGAGCAAUACUUGCAUAUGCAAGUACUGUUGCAUAUCAGAUUCCUUCCUCUUAAGAUCAACUGAAAAUUACUGGUAAUAUCGGCUUCCUGCUUCCAGUGUCCAGUGCUUCCUCAUGUCGCAUCCUGGCAAUUCCAGCCAGCGCUCCACAAGUUUUUACGUUCCGUUCUCUUCCUCUCCACCUGCCCCAGCGGGAUCCCAGUUCAAAGAAAAAUCUGCUGCCAGAUCCCUGGUGGACACUGACAAGGCGUUCCUGGACUACUUGGCUGAUAUAAACACAAAUGUCCUCCAACAUCUCCUGCAUCACAAUACAGUUGAUCAGAAAUGGCACAGCCAGAUGACGCAGCUCCUGAAGUUGAAUGAGAAAUUCCAUGCUCUUUGGGACCAGACGGGGGAGACUUGUAAAACAUUAAAGAGGUUGAUACAACAAGGCAAGCCUGUCAGUCUCCAGGACAUUUACAUCAUUAGCAACAAAACAGGAGUCCUGGAAGUCUACAUACAAUACUUCACGUCUUUUACAAACUUUGUGGUGGUUGGAGGGUUUGAUUAUCUCUCCAAAAAGACAAGCAGUUAUUUUAAGAAGAAUAAAGUGAAUCUAAACAAAUUUCUCACCAACUUACAAAAAGCAGAAAACUCAGUGUCAGUCAGUUUGUACAGGAUCCUCCACGAACGAAUCAGAGAGCAGGUGAACCAAUACACCCUCAUCCUCACACGAUUGUGCGAGCCAACACAUAAGACCGCAGACAGUGAAGGAAUCAAUGAUGCUCUCAAGGGAUUUGUCGAUCUGCAGAAGUAUAUCAGCCAGGUUCUGGAUGAGGCCUCCAUCACUCAGGCCCUGUGGAAAUCAGUGGAACACAAAGUAACGGAUGUUUUGCGCAUCCCUGAGAGCAGGCUAAGAGAAGAAAGCAGAAACAUCCCUAUCUCAGUCUCUCCAGGAAGGACCGGCCAUGACAGAAUAUUGCUCUUCGAUGAUGUUUUCGUAUUGCUUCAGGGAUCUGAUAUUCACUGUUAUGAUCUCACUACUCUUUGGAUUGAGUUUACAACAGAAGAGAACGCCAACAGGAGGAGUCUGAAGGUGACCUCGCCAGAAGAAUCGUUCACGCUAAGCGCUAAGGAGCCCGAGCACGUGGCUGUGUGGCAGUGGAAGUUGAAUCAAGCCAUUCGCCAGUGUUUGGCUGGGAAGAGGGACUUUCCCUUGUGGGGUAAAGGAGUCGAUGGGCACAGUCCCAGCAGCCCCCCCACCUCUCGUUUUUCUGCAUACACAUUUAAAAAUGAAGGAAGGUUAAAAAAUGCGGUUUAUGAAGGCCACUGGAAUAAGGGGGUGCUGCAUGGCAAAGGUACAUUAAGAUGGGAUGAUGAACGGAACUACACUGGGGACUUCAGAGAUGGUAAAGAGCAUGGGUUUGGAGUCUUUGUCAUUCCUCGGAAAGAGACAGAGGGGUACGACUGCUAUAAAUGUCACUGGAAAGAUGGGAGAAUGCAUGGAUAUGGAAUCUGUGAGUACAGCAAUAACACAGUGUACAGAGGUUAUUUCAAAGACAGUGUGCGCCAUGGCUUUGGGAUUUUAGAAAGUUGCAGAACCGACAGCAAUCCAUUAAGAUACGUUGGCCACUGGGAAAAUGACAAGAAAACUGGAUAUGGAGUCUGGGAAAGCAUUGUCAGUGGGGAGAGCUACCGUGGAAUGUGGCUGGAAGACCAAAGACAUGGGCAUGGAAUUGUGGUCACUCAGUCCGGCUUGUGCUACGAGGGAAUCUUCAACUAUGACAAACUGAUAGGCAAAGGGAUUUUGCUUUCUGAAGACAAUUCUCUUUAUGAAGGGGAGUUUACCGAAGACUUGAUGCUCAAAGGAAAGGGAAAGCUGACAUUUCCAAAUGGUUUCACAAUUGAGGGGGUUUUCAGCAACACAUUUGGAAAUGGAUUACAGGCAAAUGGCAUUUUGAAAACAGCCGGCCAUGAAGAAACAGCGGAAUCGGUUGCUCAACUACAGAUGGGAUUGCAUGGGCUGCCUGUCAAGAAGAGAUGGACGGGCAUCUUUGAACCAUUUGUGGAGUACCUUCAAGCCGGCUCCACUGAAGAAUCAGAUGAGUCCUUCCUUGGUUUCCACAUAGAGACAGGCAGGACAAUGAGAAAGACUUCCAACAACAAUAAUAGUGCAGGGAUAAUAGCAGAAACCCAUACUGAAGAAACUACAGAAUAUCUCUUCUGUGACAGGGAAUCAGAGGAAUUCUGUGUGAGUACUGACUUCAUAGAAAACCUAAAAAAACAGACGGAUUAUGUACUGCUACAACAAUAUUUGGAGAAGUCCUUCCAGUCUGCCAGGCACCCCUUGGGAAAGAUUCUGCAGACUCAAGCCUUGGUGUUUCAGGCCGCCUACUCUGGGAUGGGUGCCAAUAAGCAUCUACUGACCAUGGCCCAGGAUGAAGUCAAAUACCAUGCAAAAAAACUACUGGAGAUCAUUAGGGAUUACAUCCCUGAGUCAUUCAACAAGGAGUGUGAAGACAAAGAGACAAGGGAUGAAAUUAACUGUUACACUCUGGUGCUGCCGCUGAUCUUGCCCAAGUUCUACCCCGAGCUCUUCAUGCUGUAUAUGCUAUACCAUGAGACGGGCGAUGCCCUCUACUGGCAGGGCAUCGUGCACCUUGGCUUGCUGUCGGACACGAAACUGCUGGAGUUUCUCGAUGUACAGAAGCAUUUAUGGCCACUUAAGGACCUUCAGCUGACUGCAAACCAGAGAUAUUCUCAUGUGAAGGAUCAGUGCUUCCAUUCAGCCAUCGAGUGCUUCCAGAAAAUAAGCACUACAGCAGACCCUCGAGAUAAAAUGGACACUCUCUUCAGGACAUUUGAAGAGAUUGAGAAGACCGUGUCCUGGGUGCUGGACAGGGAGUACAAACUUCCCAUGGACGACCUGCUGCCUCUGCUCAUUUACGUGGUGUCCAGAGCAAGGAUUCAGCACUUGGGGGCUGAACUACAUCUCAUCAGGGACAUGAUGGACCCCUGUGGCAUUGGAGGGAUGGAUGACUUUCUAUUAACUGCACUGGAGUCGUGUUACCAACACAUACAGAAAGAGGACAUCAGACAAGCCAGAUUCCCAGACUGAAACCUUCUGGUGCCGAGGAACUUCUGGGAAGAUUAAAUACAGUGGGAAGGCUUUACAAAAUGUAUUCUGGAAUCACUGUAAAAAACUCUCCAGUUCUCUGAACAAUUAAUUGAAAAUUGAAGAAGAGAUUGUAUUGAGAUUCAAAUAUCCAGAAGAGAAUUCGAUAAAAAAAAAAAAAAAAGUAGUGGUCUGUACUAGCCAUGCAUAGUUUGGCAGAUGGAUUGUAACCGGUAACACUGUUUUUAAACUUAGUUGGCAAUCUGGCAACAAUGAUAGCGUCUUUAAGCAAGUGUUUUACACACAAUAGAGAGGCAUUUGAUGCAGUCUUAUUUCUGUUAAAUUGGGGUCAUGCAUGAUACCCCCAUUGCGUGGUAUUCCCAAGUAGUGUUCUAAUUGAAACAUUUCAAAAGCAACAUUGUUGAUCUGUUUCAGUCGUUUUAGGUCAGAUUUUACUUUAAAAUACAAAGUGUGUGCCUUUUAGGGAUCAAUAACUAAGCCUGUGAACAGAAUACAAUGAGAUGUGUCACAACAGCAUUCUUAGACACUAAAUGGUAUGAUAGUACUGCUUGUGGAGUUACAUCCACUUUUUUAACAAUGUGGCAUAGAGUAACUUUUAGAUUCUUAAACAGCCAUUUUGUGCCCCAGGGUGGCUGAAAUGAUCCAACAACAUAGUGACCUUAUACAUUUUUAUUUUGUUUGUUAAUCAUUAUUACAAAACACUGUUACUGGGGUUCCCGAUAUAAACUCUUGAAUAGCUGUCUAGAUAUUUUAGCUAGACAUAGCUGUGAAGUACAUUUGUAGAAGUUUCACAGUGGGGUCCUCAGUCUGGAUGCCUAUUGUUAUGGGGGGAGCUCAAGCCAAGACAUUUUUCUUCCAAUCAUGUAAGUACUGUGUGUACAUUUUGCUUCAAUAAUAUAUAAGUAUGCUGUAUAUUUUAUUUUAUAAAGGUCAUAUAAACUGCUCAACAUACCAAAAAAGACUAAUUGUAAUUCAUGUCAUAUAGCUAUAACUGCUGGAAUUAAAUUUAUAGAAUUUGUAAAUAUAUAUGGAAAACCACUUAUCAAAUAUAUUGAUGAAACUU